AUGCUGGCGGUGGGCGCGAUGGAGGGCGCCCGGCAGAGCGCGUUCCUGCUCAGCAGCCCGCCCCUGGCCGCGCUGCACAGCAUGGCCGAGAUGAAGACCCCGCUGUACCCCGCCGCCUACCCGGCGCUGCCCGCCGGGCCGCCCUCCUCCUCGUCCUCGUCGUCGGCCUCGGCGUCGCCGUCCCCGCCCCUGGGCGCGCACAACCCCGGCGGCCUGAAGCCCCCCGCGGCGGGCGGGCUCUCGUCGCUGGGCAGCCCCCCGCAGCAGCUCUCGGCCGCCAACCCGCACGGCAUCAACGACAUCCUGAGCCGGCCCUCCAUGCCGGUGGCCGCGGGGGCCGCGCUGCCCUCCGCCUCGCCCUCCGGGUCCUCCUCGUCCUCCUCCUCCUCGUCCUCGUCCUCCGCCUCCGCCGCCGCCGCCGCUGCUGCCGCGGCCGCCGCCGCCGCCUCUUCCCCGGCGGGGCUGCUGGCCGGCCUGCCCCGCUUCGCCAGCCUGAGCCCGCCGCCGCCGCCGCCCGGGCUCUACUUCAGCCCCAGCGCCGCGGCCGUGGCCGCCGUGGGCCGCUACCCCAAGCCGCUGGCCGAGCUGCCCGGCCGGACGCCCAUCUUCUGGCCCGGAGUGAUGCAGAGCCCGCCCUGGAGGGACGCGCGCCUGGCCUGCGCCCCGCACCAAGGAUCAAUCCUGCUGGACAAAGACGGGAAGAGAAAACACACGAGACCCACGUUCUCGGGCCAGCAGAUCUUCGCCCUGGAGAAGACGUUUGAGCAGACGAAGUACUUGGCGGGGCCCGAGAGGGCUCGCUUGGCCUAUUCGCUGGGGAUGACGGAGAGCCAGGUCAAGGUCUGGUUCCAGAACCGCCGGACCAAGUGGAGGAAGAAGCACGCGGCCGAGAUGGCCACGGCCAAGAAGAAGCAGGACUCGGAGACGGAGCGGCUCAAGGGGGCCUCGGAGAACGAGGAGGAGGACGACGACUACAACAAGCCCCUGGACCCCAACUCGGACGACGAGAAGAUCACGCAGCUGCUGAAGAAGCACAAGUCGGGCGGCGGGGGCGGCGGGGGCCUCCUGCUGCACGCGGCCGAGGCGGAGGGCUCGUCCUGAGCGCGCGUGGCGGUGGCCGCCAGCAGCAGCAGCAGCGCGCGCC